UGCACUACUAGCUCAGUUUGAUUUGAAAAAAAAAACACUUCCCUGCAUCCGAUGGGCCUCUCUCUUGCUGAAUCAGGGGCUAGUGGGACGACGAGAGGUGAAGAUGGCGAUGCCUCACUGACGUUGCCUGGUCUGGUACUGCAGCCGCCGUCUCCUUCCCUUGAUAAUUCAGCAGCUAGCGCGUGGAGCACCACGGCUAUGGCGGGCGAAGAUGACGACGACAAUGGGGAGGGCGAUGUCGUCCAAGGGGAUAUGCGCAUGUCUUUGUCGCUGACCCAAGUAGAAGGGGCGCAGGACAAAGAAGAAUCAAUGGAGGAAGGAUUCGGCGAUUACGAUCUAUUUGAAGCUGGCGACUCGACGAACAGCAAUGGAGGUUCGGUCAUAAACGACGAACCUGAAAUCCGGGGCGCGGAGGAGGGGGAAGAUUCUUUCGAUGAGGAUGGAACUAGCAGCCGGUUGAGUAAGAGACGCCGCACGUAGAGUAGAUCUAGCAGCGGUUCGAUCUAAGUACUGGGUUUCGGUUAGUAGAUUUAUGAAUCAUCCACUGUACAGUGUCAAUUUCCAAUGGUUUGUGUUGCAAUAAUGA